GUGCCGGCGUGGUUGGUGGUUUAUCAUACUUAAACAAACAUGAGUAAAUCAAGUGAACCAUCGCAAGCCAAAGAGGCAGUUUUACAAGAAAGUUCUAAAUUACCGGAUGAUACGCCUGUGGUUACAGGCUAUGAUUGGAAUAAAGGUUUGGAUUAUGAAGCCCUAUUCCAGACCUAUGCACACUUCGGGUUCCAGGCCACAAACCUAGGACACGCGAUUAACGAGGUACAUGAAAUGAUAAAAUGCCGUAUGAAGCCGUUAGACGACGAGAAAUUAGAUGAAUACGAAGAAGACGAAUUCAUUAAACGUAAAUCUAAUUGUACGAUUUUCCUGGGAUACACUUCGAAUAUGGUGUCCUGUGGUGUAAGAGAAUCCAUACGCUUUCUAGUACAACACAAACUAAUCGACUGUAUAGUGACCACAGCUGGUGGUGUCGAAGAGGAUUUGAUCAAGUGCUUGGCACCAACAUACAUCGGUUCUUUCGAGCUUGAAGGCAAACGGCUUCGAGAGCAAGGUAUAAAUCGAAUCGGUAACUUGCUGGUUCCUAAUGAUAACUACUGUAAGUUUGAAAACUGGGUGAUCCCAAUACUAGACGAAAUGCUAGCAGAGCAACAAUCACACGGAAUACUUUGGACACCUUCAAAAGUUAUCCAGAGACUAGGAGAAAAAAUAAACAAUGAAAAUUCAAUAUAUUACUGGGCUGCUAAAAACAAAAUACCGGUAUUUAGCCCCGCCUUGACAGAUGGCAGCCUUGGAGAUAUGAUGUAUUUUCAUUCGUUUCGUAACCCAGGACUUGUAUUGGAUAUUAUUUCCGAUUUAAGGCGUUUGAACACAAUGGCAGUAAAGGCCAACAACUCCGGGAUGAUUAUUAUAGGUGGUGGAGUGAUCAAACACCACAUUUGUAAUGCCAAUCUAAUGCGGAAUGGAGCAGAUUAUUCCGUUUUCAUCAACACUGCCUCCGAGUUUGAUGGUAGCGACAGUGGAGCAAGGCCGGAUGAGGCUAUCUCAUGGGGUAAGAUUAAAAAAGAUGCCACACCAGUUAAAGUUUAUGCCGAAGCUAGUUUAGUAUUUCCAAUUUUAAUAGCAGAAACGUUUGUUAAACAUUAUUUUAAGAAUAACAAAGUGAUUUAA